AUGUUAGAGGUAUUAAUCAAAAGGGAGAAACAGGUUUCUCUGAGUAAGUUUUGUUUUGUGAAUAAAAUUGGUCUUGGAGCCUUGUUGGAGACCAAACUUCGUGGUGAUAAAGUUGGGAAAAUGAUGAGCUCUUACUUCAUAGGGUGGAAUUACUACUCGAGUUCUGCUUCAGAAGGUCGUAUACUGAUUAUAUGGCAGCCUCAAGUGAUGUCUAUUGAGGUUUUGAAGGAGAGUGACCAGUUUGUUCAUAUCUGUGUUAAAGAGGUUAAGUCUAAUAAGUUGUUCUGUGUUACUUUUGUGUAUGGUAGAAAUUCUACUGAGGGCAGAUUACCUCCUUGGGGUACUGAUAGAGUGGGUGGCCGAACCAUUUCUGCCAUUGAGUUGGAGGAUGCCCAAAAGUGGAGGGCCUUGGGUUUAGUUGAUGAGUUGCACUCCACAGGGUCUCAUUACACUUGGACAAACAAGCAAGAUAAUGAAAAUAUAAUUUACUCUAAACUGGACAGAGUUGUUAAAAAUGAAGAUUGGUUGGAUUUUUUCCCUCAGGCUGAAGUUGUCUUUAACUGGGAUUUACUCUAUGAUCACUGUUAUUGCAUCAUCAAAUCGGGAGCUACUGUAAACUGUGGAUUUAAGCCUUUCAUAUUCUUCAAUAUGUGGAUUGACCAUGUUAGCUUUAAAGAUACUGUCUUGCAGAGCUGGAACAAGCCUAUUAAAGGAGCUGGGCUGGUGCGAAUUGUUAGAAAACUGAGUAGACUUAAGGUAGUUUUGCGCAAGUUCAAUAAGAAUUUUGUGGGCGAUGUUGCACAGAAUUAUAGUUUGGCUAAGGAUAAGUUUCAAUCUGCCCAAGUUUCUCUUCAAAAGUACCCCCACUCGAAAGAGUUGCAAAGAGAGGAAUUGUUGGCUGGUGAAAGUUUUGCUUAUCAUGCUAGAGCAUAUGAUAGUUUUUUGAGACAGAAAAGCAAAUUAAUUGAGAAGUUUGAUGAUGUUGUGGCUCACUUUGUGACUCAUUUUCAGAAAAUCAUGGGUAGCAACAGUAGUGCUUCGGUUCCUAUUCAGCAUUCCUAUUUCAGUUUUGGGCACAGAUUGUCUUUGGAUCAGUAG